CUUUUCCAUUGCAUGGAGUGAAUAUUCAAACUUCCACGGAUAACCAAUGCUAAAAGCGUCUACCAAACGCUGUCAAUUGCUCAUAACAGAGCGGAAGAGGCGACGUGAGAUUUAAUUCUAGCCCAAAUCAACCCAAUGCGUUUCUAAUGGGCUUAUUUUUGGAACUUGUAGUGUGUCUUUCAGCCUUUGGGACAAUGACUCCCAUUGUUAGGGCGGAGACAUGAGCGUCUCGUCAUUAUAUAAAACAUAUCUGCUUAUGAGCAUGGGAUAAAUCUCUUGAUGAAUCAUACAUACACCCUUACCUCGGUGUGACUGGAGCAUUUUCCUCCGAAUUAACGGCAACGUUUGGCUUCAAUCUCUUAACUUUUAAAAGUGUUGAAUUACAACUAUUUGCAACCAAAUGAAGCGGUAUGUUUUUCUGGGUGUUCUUUCGAUGUAUUACCUCCAGGUGUCAAGCUCGAGCUCUGCCGCGCACGGGUGUUUCUGCCAGAAGCGCUGCUUGAUGAGGCCGAAGCACCAGCCGGGGGCAAACUUGGUGACCGGUAGCUUGGAUGACUGCGCUUGUGAUGUGGAGACAAUUGAUGCCUUCAACAAUGAGCGACUCUUCCCCAAACUUCAGAAGCUGCUUGAGUCUGACUAUUUCAGGUUUUAUAAGGUGAACCUGAAUAAGCCAUGUCCAUUCUGGACAGACAAUGGCCUCUGUGGGCAAAAUAACUGUGCUGUGAUCCCAUGUCCACCAAAUGAGGUUCCAGAGGGAAUCAAAACAAAUGGCCAUCACAAUAAGUACUCGGCUGAAGCAAACAACCAGGAGUGUGAGAAGGCUGAGACGCUUGGAGCAGUGGACAGCUCCCUCAGUAAGGAGACCAGACAGGCCCUCCUGGAAUGGAACAAGCAUGAUGACGAGGCAGAGCGAUUCUGUGUGAUUGAUGAUGAGGAGUCUCCUGAUUCCCAGUACGUGGAUCUACUGCUAAAUCCAGAGCGCUUCACUGGAUACAAGGGGCCCGAGGCCUGGCAAAUCUGGAACAGCAUCUAUGAGGAGAACUGCUUCAAACCAUACACUGUGAAGCGACCUCUAAAUCCUAUGGCAUCUUACAGUGGAACUGAUGGGAAGACAUUUUACAGUUGGCUGGAUGGCCAGUGUGUGGAAAAGAGGGCUUUCUUUAGGCUCGUCUCUGGGCUCCACUCUAGCAUCAACAUACACCUGAGUGCCCGGUACCUCCUAGAUGACAACUGGUUCCAGAAAAAGUGGGGUCACAAUGUCUCUGAGUUCCAACAACGUUUCGAUGCCCAGCUGACCAACGGCGAGGGCCCAAAGAGGCUGCGCAACCUCUACUUCCUCUACCUGAUCGAGCUGCGUGCCCUGGCCAAAGUCCUGCCUCUUCUCCAGCGCCCCUCCUUCCAGCUGUACACUGGCCAACCCACCCAGGACCGACAACACAAACGCGUGCUCCUAGAGCUCCUCCAGGUGGCCAAGUCUUUCCCUUUGCACUUUGACGAAACGUCUCUGUUUGCUGGGAAUAAGGAGGAAGCUGCCAAUCUCAAGGAGGAUUUCAGGCUGACCUUCCGCAACAUCUCCAGGAUCAUGGACUGUGUGGGCUGCUUUAAAUGCAGGCUCUGGGGCAAACUACAGACUCAGGGGUUAGGCACAGCCCUGAAGAUCUUGUUUUCCGAGCGACAGAUCGAGGCUCUGCCCAAAUCCAGCAGCGCCCGGCUCACUUUCCAGCUCAGUCGCCAAGAGAUAGUGUCUCUCCUCAAUGCCUUUGGAAGGAUUUCAACCAGCAUCAGAGAGUUGGAGAACUUCCGAUCACUGCUGUCUAAGGUCCGGUAGCCUGAACCCACACGUCCCUACAGAGAGCCACAUACCCACAAAAGAAUAACCAGGCUGAUUAGAAAUGAUUCAAAAUACAACAGCAUCAGCAUGUAGCUGGGGUAUUUGGGGCUGCUGAAAGACACAAGUGAAAGUCCUGACAAGUGACUUUACAAGGGAUCUAACUAAACAAACAAAGGAACAUGGGCUGUAGCCAAUCCCCUUUGAGCUACUUGCCAAUAAGGGUGUUUUCACACAGUUUUGAUCUACAGUUCGAAUCAGAGUUUGAGUAUUUGUUACAUCAAAUAACACAGUUUAAUUGCAGAAUGUUCUGUUGGACCGCAACUUCUGGUAUUCUUCAGUUCACGAAAAUAAAUAGCUACCCAGCUACUAAACCCUGUUGCCCAAGGCUAACGCUAUAAGCAGCCAGCUAGCUUCAUGAUGCUCGACCAGACCGGGUUGUGUUGUGAAGCUAGCCACAAUAACGAUUAGGCACAAUAGUGGAAUUUGCGGUUUGCCUUUUUGAAAGUGAUGCAGAAGGUUACAGAAGGUUGGAAUGUGAAGCAAUGAAAUGGGUUACCAGUCUACCUGGUGACACACAGAACACAACUGUGAAGAGUUUACACAAAUAUUAGCGUUGUAGCUCUUAUCGUGGGACUGUGACUGAAAUCACCUCCCCAGGCAGCCUAUUGUGUGUAUUGACAUUCAUAUUGCACUGUACAGCUUUACCUAAGGAGUGGGGAUCAAUGAAAUGGGGUAUGUCUACUCAAUACCCAAGAUAUUUUCUUCCCAAUGUCCUCCUCUGAUAACUCUUACUUGUUUUUCUUCUGGAAUAGUGUUCAAUACACACAGGUUGACAAUAAAUGUGGCUCAAUUCACAGUUCUUUCAGAGUCCCACAAUAAGAGCAACGACACUAAUGUUCUCUGGGUGUCACUGAGUAGACUGAUACUCCAUGUCAUCGAUCCACAGUCCAUAGGUAAGCCUAGUGGUUACAGUGUUGGGCCAGUAACCAAUUCCCUAAGCUACAAAGGUAAAAAAAAAAAAAAAAAUCUGUCGUUCUGCCCCUGAACAAGGCAGUUAACUCACUGUUCCUAGGCCAUCCUGA